AUGGAGGACGAUCUUAACUGUCCUGUGUGCGGUGAUAUCUUCAACGAUCCGGUCAUCCUUACCUGCACUCACAGUUUCUGUAAAGCCUGCGUGCAGCGGUGCUGGGAUGCGAAAGGAUCCAGAGACUGUCCAAUCUGCAGGGAGAGGUCAACACUCAACGAGCCCAUACCAAAUCGCAUUUUAAAGAACCUGUGUGAAGCGUUUUUAAAGGAGAGGAAAGUAGGUUCUGAGGCUCUCUGCACUCUACACGGUGAAAAACUCCGUCUUUUCUGUCAGGAGGAUCAGCAGCCUGUGUGUUUGGUGUGUCGAGAUUCUGAGAUACACAUUAACCACAAAUUAAAGCCCUUAUGUGAGGUGGCAUCUGAAUACAAGAAAAAGGGUGAGAGUAGUCUGCACUCCUUACUGCAGAAACUGGUGGUGUUUGAAGAUUUUAAGAUGACAUGCAAACAAACAUUAAAACACAUAUUGUCUCAGGCAAACUCCACAGAGAGGCAGAUCAAGGAGGAGUUUGAGAAGCUUCACCAGUUCCUGCGGGAUGAAGAGGCAGAAAAGAUAGCUGCCCUGAGGAAGGAAGAGAAGGAGAAGAGUGAGAUGAUGAAGAAGGAGAUUGAGAAGAUCAGCAGAGAUAUCGCAUCUCUUUCAGAUGCAAUCAGAAACACAGAGGAUGCGAUGGAUGUUGAAGAUGAUGACAUCACAUUUCUGAAGGUACUCGUAGCCCAGUGCACUCUGGAUGAUCCAAUAAUGAAUUCAGGAGCUCUGAUUGAUGUGGCAAAGCACCUGUGUAACCUUAAGUUCAGAGUCUGGGAGAAGAUGCGAUGUGUGGCUGAAUAUGCUCCUAUAAUUCUGGAUCCCAACACUGCACACCAAAAUCUCAUUGUGUCUGAGGAUCUGAUGAGUGUACAAUACAGCGAACAGAGUCAAGAGCUUCCUGACAACCCAGAGAGAUUUGAUGAGCACCAGAGUGUCUUGGGCUCUAAGGGCUUCAUCUCUGGGAUACACUGCUGGGAUGUGGAGGUUGGAGACAACCCAGAGUGGGCAUUUGGUGUGAUGACAGAUUCUGCCGGGGUAAAGGGAAAAGAUAAAGAUUACGAUUUAACUCAGCGCUGGAUUAUUUGUUAUGCUAAUAAUAAAUAUGUGGCACAUUCAGGACAUGUGUGUCUUAAGCGUGUAUUGAUGGGCGAGCCCCUCAUUCCCAUCAAAGUGAAACAGAAACCCAAAAGGAUCAGAGUGCAACUGAACUUGAACAGAGGAAGGGUUUCAUUCUCUGAUCCUGAUAAUAACACAGAGCUGCACACAUUCACACACAGGUUUUGGUUUUGGAAAGACGAUGAAAAAGUGUUUCCCUAUUUCAAAACAAAGUCUUCUCUGAAAAUAUUACCAGUGAAGAAUCCAGUUACAGUUACAGUAGCGCAGCCCAGUUAG